CGUUAUUAUGUAAAUAACAAAAAUCAAUUUUUACAAGCAAAUUAUUCAUCAAGAAGUCAAAAUAUAAAGGAUUAAAAAUGGGUUCUAUCGCUUUAGAGGAAUAUGAAUUGAUGAAAGACUCAAAAUAUCGAGUCUAUGUAUCGGCAGUGGACAAGGCAUUGAAAAAUUUCGAGUACACGAGCGAAUGGGCAGAUUUGAUAUCAGCCUUGGGAAAAUUAAAUAAAGUAUUAUUGAGUCAUAUGAAAUUUCCCGUCAUUCCAAGAAGAAUAAAAAUUUCGAAAAGAUUAGCACAAUGUAUGCAUCCCGCAUUGCCUUCUGGAGUUCAUCUCAAAGCAUUGGAUACCUACGAUAUUAUUUUCAAAUGCAUGGGAACAAAUAGACUCAGUCAUGAGCUAUUUAUUUACAGUGCUGGACUUUUUCCAUUACUCGGCAAUGCGGCUAUGAAUGUGAGACCUUCAUUGUUAACCGUUUACGAAACUCAUUUUGUGCCCCUCGGCGAAAGAUUGAGACCAGGACUAAGUGGUUUUCUCAGUGGAGUUCUUCCUGGUUUGGAGGAAGGUUCCGAUCAUUUUGAUAGGACUAAUUCUCUAUUAGAAAAAGUGUGUGACGGAGUUGGCGCCGAACAUUUUUACGCAUGUUUAUGGGAUUGUUUAGCGUCAAAUUCGGGAAUUCGUUUACCCGCUAUUUUAUUCGUAUUAUCACACUUCAAUAAAAAACUGCCAAUGGAAGAACAACUUUAUAUUAUGGGAACAAAAGUCGACAUAAUGAUUACAGCUAUUUGUGCGGGAGUGCAAGACAGUUCUGUUUUGGUCCAGAGAAGCGCUUUAGAUUUAUUACUAGUCGGAUUUCCUGUUCACAAUAGUCAACUAUGUCGGGAUGAUAUGGUUUCAUUGUUAACAUCAGCAUUAGUCACAAUUUUGCGAAGAGACAUGAGUUUAAAUAGACGGUUGUUCGCAUGGCUUUUGGGAAGUGAAGUGAACACAUCGAUACUUAAGAAAAAAGCCGAUCCCAUUGCCACUGAAACUUCGGCAGCUUACUUCGAAUUAUAUUCAAAAGGAAUGCUAAUCGAUGCUAUAAAAUCGAUGCUAAAGACAAUAUGCGAGGAAACGCCGCAGGAGUUGAAACCAUAUAGAAUUCUCAUUUCAUUAUUGGACAAAGCAGACAUUGGUCCUGUUAUUCUUGAUGACAUUCUCUACGAAAUUUUUAGGACAUUUUACAAUGCCUGCGAUCAGGGCGACAAAAUUCAGAAAUCCAACGAAGUAGUGAAAUCAGCGAAUCUUUUAUUUUCAACACUCGAACCAUCGUACGUUUGGACGCAUUGCGGUGUACUUUAUGAAAAAUCGUGUAAAUUACGAAUAAACAAUCGUGAAUUUGACGAUUUAAGUGUAAAAUCCGUUGGCAGUGGAAUACCCGGUUUAAUGGAAAUAUGUACUCUUAUGGAAUUUCUCCUCGACACCGUUUCCCUCGACACAUUCAUCGAUGCGCCAUCUGAACAUUUACCAAAAUUAUUUCACGACAUUAUCAUUAAUCUCAUUCGUCACGUUGACAUUCUAUCACCAACUGAAAUUGAAAAAAGUCUCAGUCUUUGUGCAAAAAUUCUCUCAAAAGUUCAACUCACCGAAACUGGUUCAUCAUCAUCAUCACAACAUUUAGAGAAGCGCGACACAGAAACAAAAUCCGAAUCAAUUAAUAUUUCCGUCUCAGUGUCAAAUGACAAUACCCUGACAGCAAUUCCCCUCGAGAAAAGUCAAUCGGACAGUAAAUUAAAUAAAGCCGAAACAAAUGGUAAUCUUGAUCGUAGUCCAAGUCCAAGACGAAGGGCAAAUUCAAGUGGAGCGACUAAGAAGCAGGAGAAGAAAUCGAAGAAAAAGGGAAGCAAGAGUUCAUCAAAACUUGAUGAUAAUAUUUCCGUUAUUGUUUCCGACGAUGAUAAAGCAUUGCCACGUAAUAAGAGUAUGGAAAAUUUAAAAACUGAAUUUAUCGAAAUUGAAAAUCAAAAUUUAUCAAAAAAUAAUUCAAUGGGUUCGAAUGGUUCAAUAAAUAGGGGACCAUCGCCGGGACUCAGGGCUCAACAUUCAAUGUUGGAAAAAUGUCUCCGUCAGUAUGAGCAAUUUUACGUUAAACUAAUCGUGACGAGAAUUAUUAAUCGUGAACGUUCAGUAUUUGAAAUGUUCGACGAUUUAAAAGUUGUCUGCUUCAAGGACAAUUUUCAGGAGAAAACAAGAUUACUUGAGUCGCUACUAAAUUCGAAAAUUAGCCAUCAAGAUUCGGGUUACUUCAGUCAUGAUCAAAAUACCCUGGAGGAUGAUGUGAAGAGAUCGGAUAUUCUCUCACUUAACUUAGAAUCGAUUGCGUCGAUAACGUGGGAGGAAGUUUUGAAAAUUGGUUGCAGUCUUUUCGUUGAGUUGUCAACGUUUCCUACUUAUUAUUUAACUGGCGAUGGAUUACUCACGGAGGACGAGCCACAGGGUAAAAAUCAUUUGCCCGAUUGGCUGAAGGUUCUCGUUGUUUGCUCAUGUUGGCUGAGUAAGCAACCUGCAUUGCAAAUGACGAGUAUUGCAACUCUUUUGGAUCUGAUCGCUUUGUCGAAGGCGCACGGGGAAUUCAAUCCAAAUCAACAUUCUGGCGAGGGUGUCACUUCGGUUGUGAUGUUGCCGUUAUUGAAGAAAUGGCACAUUUCCUAUCUCGAGCAGUAUACGAAUGUUUUUCAAGUACUCGCACAUUCGCUCUGGCAUCAUUUGGGCGAAUUGCCGGCGCAUAAAUAUCGAAUUCGAUGCGUUGAAUUGAUGCAUGAAUUGCAUCAUACUUUGGAGAAAUCGUGCGAUGCUGUGGAGGAUGUAAUUGGAUCGGCGCUAAUGAACGAUAAUGUUGAGAAGAGAAUUGAAGCCUUCGAUAGAUUCUCAAUGCUGUGGCAUCUUGGACGUGAAAUCGAGACGAAUCCCCGUCUCCGUGGUUGCCUACGAACAUUCGACAAGUCUCUCCUGAAAAUGCUGGACAAUUUACAAUUGGCCGAUAAUUCGCCUCUAAAACUUCAAUCGCAAUCGUGGCUUCUUCACAGUUUAGUGAGAGGCGACAUAUCACGUGUUGUGACGCCAGUUCUCAUGAUGCUUCUCGACCCCCUAACGUGUCGAAUGAGCGUUCUUCAUGUCAGCAUUCAGCACAGCAAUAUUGUCCUAACGAAAAGCGAUCCAAUUGAGGAAAAAUCCGAAUUACACGACGACACCGAGGCAGCGACGAAUAUUUACGCAAUCAGCUCAGUUGAUGGAAAUGUCAUUUAUCACGUGAGCAAUAAUUCCGAAGAGGACAAAAAAUCCCGCAAGGGAAAGAAGAAAAAAAAGAGCAUUAAUCCAGUGAAAGUGAAGAGAAUUUUCGCCGUUACAACAUUAACAUCAGGCGAAAAUGGACAUCGUUACAUAACCGAGCGUAAUGAAACAAUGAAGGAACUCGAAGUUCCCUCCAGUAUUGCCGGUAAUCGACGUAUCUCAGUUUUUGUCAAUCCAUUAUCAUUGAAUGGAACUGAAAAUUCCAAUGAGUCAUUAGAAGAAGACGAUUCAAUUGUUGCCGCGAAAAAAAUAAAUGCCCCAACUUCUGAUUUAUUGAAGCACGCGAAACGCUUUAGAAAACCAAAAUUCAAUAAAGGCUCAACUGGAAGUUUAGAUGAGAGUCUAUUUGAUACGGCAAAUUCAAAUUCAAAAAUGAGGGGAAAAAGUGAAUUAAAAAAAUGUAAUGGCGAUAUUGGUUCGUCAUUGGAUUCGUUGGCAAAUAGUUUUGAAUCGAGUAGUCCAGAAGUUGUGGCGAAGCAGACGAAAAACAAUAAUAAAAUGAUGAUUAUUCCCGGUAGUGAUAAAGAAAUCGCUGGUACGAUUUUAAAGGGAAAAUAUCAAAAUACAUCGAGUGAAUUUAGUGGCUACGAUAUGAAUGAUGUUGGGAGUUUUGAAGCAACAAGUGAAAUUCCAAGUUGGACAAUGGGUGACGAUGAGGGUGAAUUGGAGGCGAGCACAACGGCCGAAGAUUACUUCAGUAAUUGGAGUGCAGUCAGUGUUGUUGAAGAUGUUCUAAAUGAAGUCAUGGAUCGAGUUAUGAUGAUUUGCGACGAUUCCGAACCUGCUAAAAUUUCUGAUGAUUCGAUGCAAUUGGAUACGGACGUGAAGCGAAAUUCGGGUGUUGGAGUUCACAAUCUCCAUUCUCAUAUGCUGCUUUAUUGUGGCGUUUACGAUUCAGAAAGAACACUCUAUGCUCUUCGUACAUUAAGAAAUGAAUUGUUAACGAACGCGAGAAUGUUUCUGUGCGCUGCAGCAACAACUGGCAUUGCAAAUAAUACAAAAAGUACAGCACUACUCAAUCUUCUUGCGAGACAUCGAAAAAGUAUAUUUGGACGAAGUUUUUAUGGCGAUGUGGCGAAUACAGAAUUUUUAGCAGCCUAUCGAAGUAGCAUGUAUUUGGAAGUAUUAUUAAGUGUGUGCCUUUACUUCGCGAGAAGUUAUUAUCCAAAUCUUGGACAAAUGCGUCUCACUCAGGAGGAAAUCUCAGGGAACAGACAAGUUCAAUUAUCGAGUGUCGAACUUUUGACACUUAUCUUUUCCGAAUUGAUUCCAAUUGCACGCGAAUCUGGCAAGGGAUUCAGUUGUUAUAUUAUAGAUCUUCUCACGAAAUGUAAAGUGCAAAAAGUCGCCCUUCAUUGUCUUGCCUCGAGUGUGUUGAAUAUGAAGAACGCCCAAAAGGACAAUGAAGACGCUUUCACGUUCACCGAGGAAAUUGUUGCUUUCAAUGAUCCACAAGCUGAAAACGAUGUUAAUAAAUGUAAAUGCAGAGCCAGCGAUCAUACCGAAGCUUUUCAAAUGCAACUACUAAGAUUGAUGCUUUCACUAAUAAUGCUCGAACAUCAAAUUGGCGCACAAAAGGGAGAAGAAAUCGGAUCAUCGAAUUUGCCAACAACUUUAUCAUCUCCUUCACGUGUACCACAUAAUCUCACUGGAAAUACUUUAAAGUACGUUACAGGUUCACCGAUUCCACAACAACCAAUGUUUCUUGCCAGUAUUAUAAGCGCUUUAAAAUUGGAUCACAUGAGGCAUUUGCAUCAAUAUUGGACGACACUUGUAACGUCGAGUCUUCCAUUUAUGGGGUCUUCAUUGACGCACAUUGUCACUUCAGUGAUUCAUCGAUUGUGCUGCAAUAUCGAGCAAUUAGCGUCUUAUUAUGUUAAUGAAGAAGCAGUGUCUGUUACAAAAAUGGAGAAUUUAACUAAUGUCGAAUGUUGCUUGCCAGCCGAUUACACAGUGACGCAUCUAGAAGCUUUGACAUUUCUUUUGCAUUAUUGCCUGUUGGAUACUUCGCAGCAAAUUGGAUUUUCAUUUAAUCAUCCAUUGAGCGGUGCAAUUCAAACUGGCGUCUCGGGCGUUAAACCGGGACAAAUCUUCAAUAAUUUACUACAUGUCUUUAUGCCCAGUCCACUUUCGCCGGAUCUUGGAGCGACAAAUAAAACAGGAACCAGUGAGCAACAUUCGCACGCGAGAAGAACUGCCUUGAGUCAUUUGCCGCGAAUAAUUGCUUCUCUUUCGGCCUUGUGGCAAGCGGUUCUAGCGACGAGAGACAACGAACAAGCAAGUUGCGUUGUUGGAAGUCCGAGAGUUGUCAAGCACCAACUUCUUGAACUCCUGUCGCCAAUUUCUUUUCAUCACGGAGUGAACUUUCUUGCUGCUGUCGCCGUUGCUUGGCACGAGAGGCGACUACCUUCGGUCAACACGAAAAGAGUAAUUCCGGAGGCUUGUCCAAAUCAGCAAGUGAUUGUUCAUUUAGUGAGCGCAAUUCGUGUGAUGCCAUUUGACACUUUAGUUCAAACGGUGCAACAAGUUGUGAAAGGUCCACCUCCAAUUCAGGGUGUAAAACAGGAUUUUUCACUGGAAGUUUCAGUUUUGGAAUUACUCUACGUCUACAUGCAAAGUAAUAAUUCCCAGUCGCUCAUUGAAUCGUGGACAUCAUUGCUUGGUUUAUUAAAAGAUGGUUUAUCACUAACGGCACCGGCACAGUUUCUCCUCCUCGCUAUUCUCAAUGAAUACGUACAAAAAUGUCCGCCGAUGCAAGAGAAGAAGGAUAUUCGCGAUUUGCAGGAUAUUUCUGCAAAGUUAAUUGAAUCGUGUUCGCAAAUUGCCGGCGCAUGUUUGGAGCAAACAACGUGGCUGAGGAGAAAUUUGGCAGUACGAGAAGACGCAUUCGAUGCUGCCGAGGUAACGUCCGAAGGAAAAGAGGGAAAAAGCGGUGCCGUCACGCCUGGAACACCGCCAAAUUCUGCCUACAGUGUUCAAGCCCAAACUGUUCUCGCAGAAAUUUUAGCACCUUUAUUGGACGUUAGUUAUGGUUCUCAGGAAAAGGAGAGAGUCGCAACUUUAUUGACGAAUCUUAUGUAUAACGUUACACCGUACCUAAAAAAUCACACGACGAAAAAUAUCGCUUCGUUCACUGCCUGCUCACAGCUUUUGAGUUCCUUGUCGGGAUAUCAGUACACGAGGAAAGCUUGGCGAAAAGAUGUCCUCGAAUUACUGCUCGAUCCUGCAUUUUUUCAAAUGACUCCUGCUUGUUUGCCCUAUUGGCGAACAAUAAUUGACAAUUUAAUGACACACGAUAAUACGACUUUUAGAGAUCUUCUCAAUAAAGUUUCUUUAGCGCAAAGCAGUAGUAUCAGUAUUUUCUCAUCCAAAGAACAGGAAUACGAACAGAGAGCGCAGUUUUUGAAAAGACUCGCUUUUGUUAUACUUUGCAGUGAAAUGGAUCAAUAUCAUAAAUAUAUGCCAGAAAUUCAAGAACGUUUGGCGGACAGUUUACGUCUUCCUCAAGUGAUACCGUCAAUUCAGGCUCAAGUUUUUUUGUGUUUUCGUGUUUUACUAUUGCGAAUGUCUCCGCAACAUGCGACUUCAUUGUGGCCUGUUAUUGUUAGUGAAUUGGUUCAAGUUUUUCUUCACAUUGAACAGGAACUCACAACCGACACUGAAGAGUUCAGUCGUCAGAGCAGUUCACAUAUAAAAUUGCUGUCAGCUUUGGACUCUUCAUGGGCUGUUAACGCGAGUAAUGGUUUACAAGCUCACGGUCAUCCACAUUGGUUGCAACUGCAAUUGGCAGCCGCAAAAUUACUCGAUUUGGCACUUUUGUUACCGGCUCAUCGACUUCCUCAGUUCCAAAUGUAUAAAUGGGCUUUUGUUGGCGACGCUGCAGCAAUUGGCACUGAAAAUAAUAAUUUAUCUUCUGAUUUUGUCCCACAUAUUACGAGGAUAGCAAAACUCAUGGAUAAUAAGUUUCAGGAAAAAAAUUCGCAGUCAAGUUUAGCACGUGUCGGCGAAUUAUUAUUAACGUCAAACAGCAUUCGUACAUUACAAGAUCUUCAUAAUUUUUUCACCUCACUUAGCAAUAGAUCCGGAGAUACUCAAGGUCCUCUAAACGUCGCACAAUUAGAGACUGUCAUUGAACAAGACUUUCUAGAGAAAAUGCCGACAAUUCCAGCAAGAUAGUAGGAAAAGUGUCACGUAAAUAAAGGUUUAGCUUUUGUAUAAUAAUUAAUUAUUGUAUUAUAAUAAAGAAAGAAAAGAAGGAGAGUAGGCCGCGAUCCUUGAUAAAGUGACAAAUUUCGCACAGGGAUAUUUGCUAUACAGAUUAUAAAUCUUUGUUCGCAAAUAUUUGUUAUUGAUAACACGUGUAUAAAACAAAUAUAACUUUAUAUUUAUUAUUUUUUUCUGAAGGAAAUGUAUGGAAAAGAAUCGAUAUUUUGCAUUAACAUAACAUUUUUUCAAAAGAAAAACAAUUUCCGUCAAAAUACAUAGCAAAUUAGUUUUUCACUAUUUUGUUCCCGAAAAAAAUCAGAAUUUGUUUUUCCCUUGAGAAAAUUAGUUUUAAAACAGGAAAAGAAUCACAUUGGAAAUUAAAAAAAGAAAAAUGUCCAUGAAAACAUUUUUUGUAAAAUUUUCUAACAAUUUUUAAUGAUUUUAAUUAAGUAAUUAAUAAUUAAUAAUCAGUCAGUUAUUUAUCGAUAUUAGAUAAUAUUUACAUUUAAUUGUAUUAAUUAUUACUAUUAUUAAGUUUUUAUCAAUUAUUAAUGAAUUAGGUAUUCAUUAAUUAUUACGUUUUAGUUAAUCAAUCGUUAUUUAGUGUUAAUUAAUUAGUACGCAUAUUAAUCGUUAUUAAUUAAUUACUUAAUUGUCAGUGGAAAAACUAUUACUUUCUCGAAAUCUCCUUUUUUCAUUUUCAUACUGUGAUUCUAUUUUCUUAAAGUUAUACAAUAAAGAAAUCUAUAUUUAUGAGAUGCAUUAAAUUUUCGAAUUUUUUUCUCUCAUUUGGUUGUGAAUUCAAGACUUAACUUCGGAUAAAAAUUUGCUUUUUAAAUCAUGUCUGAUGGAUGAAAAUAAUAAUUUUUAAUUUCUUUUUAUCAACACAAAUAUAUUAUGGUUAAGUUUUCUUUUACUCUUUCAUUCAUUCUUUUUAAGAAUUAAUUUAGACAUUUUAAUGUUCUCGAUAUUAUUUUGAAAGAGAGAUAGAAAUUAUAUAAAACAAUAUAUUGUGUUCGAUAAAAAAAAAUAAUAAAAUAAAAAUUUUCAUUAUUUUCACCAACUAUUUUUGUACUCUCAGCAAGUGCAACUUUCACGAUAGAACUUUUGAAAUUAUGAUAAAUUAUAUUUAUAAAACUGCAUUUAUUCGUUUUUAAAAAUGAAAGGAAAAAGAAAAAAUUGUACAGAGUUUUAAAAGACAGUUUCUAGAAUAAAAAAAAGAAAGAAUUGUGUAAAAGUAUCAGUCGUGAUUCAAACUGUGAUAACGGCAAAUUAUAUCUAGAAAAAUAUUGGUGUGUAUGUAUAUUAUAUGUAUGGAUGUGAAGGAAACAAAUUUUCGAAUUUACAAAAAAAAUAUCAUUAUUCUAGUCCCGAAAUUUUUUUUGUAAUUUUUCUUUAUAGAUUGUUCAUCUUGAAAUGAAAGAAAGAAAAAUUCUUUUUAUGGAUUGUUUUUUUAUGAUUUUAAAAAUUUAAUGACUGACAUUUUAUUGUAUUGAUUUUUUAGUUUUUUUUUUGAAUUUUUUUUUACUCUUUUAUUAUUUAUCGUUUAAAUGAAAGAUUUGAAUCACGAUUUCUAUAUUGAAAAAGAAAAUAAAAAUGUUCAUUCAUGUAUAAUUAAAUUUCUAUAUAAUAAACGUAAUGUAAUGGAGUAAAAUUACAAAAAAAAAGAAAAUAAUAUACCUGGGACUUUUUAUUUCCAAUGUAAAGAAACUGGAAUAUUAAAGACGUGAAUUAUUUGAGUUCGCAGGCAAUCGUUAUUAUAAAAAAAAGGUUAUUAAUUAUUAUUAAUUCGUUGAAGUUGAGUUUUACAUACGUUAUCAAACUUGUACACAGUGUGACGUUUAUCUAAUAUAUUAAAAUAUUAUUUAGUUAAAA